AUGGGUAAAGAAGCUCCCGAAAUUUCCGAGCUUCGGAAAAGAGCUCCUCACCCGUCCACCUCCGCAGAAACUGGGGUUGGUGUGGAGGGGAAUGUGGAGGAUCGUGCGGCGGCUGAUGAGCAACAUGCGACUGAGCCUACCAACGAUUUUCGAGCCAUCAAGGUGGCGGAAGAAAAGUCCAAGAAGACUUAUGGGCGAACCCCAGAUGGCACCAUAUUCGUUGUGCCAGUUACUCAUGAUAUGGUUUCACAACUCCUUGAUCCACGACAGCCAAAGAAUUUGUCAGAUAUCAUCGUUCUAGCCGUUCUCGCACUGCAUGUCCUCGCCGCGUGGCUACUGCCCCAGUCCUGGAAGCGCCCUGUCUUUGUUGUGCUUUUCGCAUGUUGGCGUGCAGCCUACAAUGGUGGCAUUGGCAUCUUGCUCGAGAAUCAGUCUCAAAGUAGACAGAUGAUUACCUGGGCUCGCCACUGGAGGCUGUUCGAGAACCCGGAAACUGGCAACAACCCACGGCCAUGGCUAUACAAGCUGCUCAAGAGGGAGCUGGAAGCCAAAAUCCCCGAGGACUACAAGUUUGAGGAGGCGCCGAUUGAGUACAACACCUGGCUUGUUUUCCGACGCGUUGUCGACUUGAUACUCAUGUGCGACUUUGUCUCCUAUUGCCUCUUUGCAAUGAUCUGCGGCCACCGUCCCGAUGGCGAGAACAUCUUGAUGGGACUGGGUCGAUGGUCCAUGGGCAUCGCACUCGUUCUCUUCAAUCUGUGGGUCAAGCUCGAUGCGCACCGUGUUGUGAAAGACUUUGCCUGGUACUGGGGUGACUUCUUCUACCUCAUCGACCAGGAUCUGACAUUCGACGGCGUCUUUGAAAUGGCUCCGCAUCCCAUGUAUAGCAUCGGCUACGCUGGGUACUAUGGCAUCUCUAUGAUGGCGGCUAGCUACGAGGUGCUUUUCGUCUCCAUCAUCGCUCACAUGUCCCAGUUUGCGUUCCUUGUGCUCGUUGAGAACCCACACAUUGAAAAGACGUACAACCCUCCUGCCCCACGCAAGAGAGAGGAACCGAGGGCACAAAGUGAACCAUCGAUCGUGAUAGAUUCGCCGUCAGACCAGCAAUCACUCGGAAAGUCUCCCGACAAGGAAAGCUUAGCGCCUGUUCACAACAUGGUCGGCUUGAGCAACAUUGACCUGUUCCGCGUGACUGACCUCGCUGUCAUCUUGCUGCCGGGAUAUGUAGCUGCUUUGACCCUUGCUACGCCUUCGACGGCCUUCUGGCAGACACUGUUCGUACUCCAUGCGCUUUCCUGGCGAGUAUGGUACCACCUGGGCCUCGGCCUCAUCCUGGACCAGCAGUCCAAGAACAAGAUGUGGACUCGGCACUUCCUCAAAUUCGGAGAGUCUAGUGCUGAGGCCUGGCGUCAAUGGAAAGGGAUGCAUCACAUCAGUAUGAUCAUGGCGAAUGCGUCCUUCAUGGCAGCAUGCUGGAAGAUGUACAACUUUCCCGCGGACUGGACGUAUGGUGGCGUUCUCUUGAAGCACACCAUUGGAUUCAGCCUGGUUGCAUUGCAGCUGUGGACUGCUUUCAGUGUCUACGAGUCUCUAGGCGAGUUUGGCUGGUUCUGCGGCGACUUUUUCUUCGACAGCCAGGCCAAGCUUACAUACACAUCUAUCUACCGUUUCGUCAACAAUCCCGACAGGGUUUUUGGCAUCGCGGGUGUUUGGGGCGCCGCUCUCAUUACUUGGAGCCGGUCCAUCUUUCUCAUGGCUCUAACAACGCAGCUGCUCACAUUGUACUUCAUUGCGUACAUUGAGCGGCCCCAUAUGCAAAAGAUCUACGGCCGAUCCCUGCGCCAAGAAGCUGGCCUCACAAAGUUCAUCAAGAAGUCCAUGCCUGCUAACGUCAAGACCUGGUCCGACAGUGUGGACAAGGUAUUGGAUGACACGACUCAUUUCGUCGAGGACUUUUUCGAGGCAGCUCGACCAAAGUUCACUUCUGGCAUGAAGACCAUCGUACGAGACACAAGCGCGCUGUUCAACGUCGCGCCCGCUCGCUUGACCAUCACCCGUCUCUCGGAAGAUCUGGCUGGACUCAACCCCAAGGAUUACUCCAUGACUGUCUCCGGCACAACCGUCAUGGAAGCUGCCCUGAAGGAACGGGCUACCGGGAAAGAGAGCGUGACGGGCCGGUUCCCUAAGGAAGUCAAGACCCAAGCGUAUGAAUACGGCACGUCCUUGAAGAUUGCAUGGAGGGCACCCGCGAACCAUGCCAAGGGCGACUGGAUUGGGCUGUACAUGGUCACCGACAAUCGCUCCAGGGAAAUGACCGAAGUGUCAUCCCUUGGGCGCUGGUCACCUACUAGUCAAGGCGUCUAUGACUCUAUGACGGCCGAGAAGAGCAUUCUCGUUGAUGAACACCCCAUACCUGCUCAAAACGGGUCGGGUACAGACCUGGUGGAGGGCGAGGUCGUCUUUGAGGGUGACAAGCUCUGGUGGACUCAGGGCGUAUAUGAAUUCCGCUACCACCACGACGGCAAGCACACGGUCAUGAGCAUCUCCGAGCCUUUCGAAAUCCGUGUCAGCAAAUUCGACGACGAUGCCGCUGACACGGGGGCAGAUGAGACGUACGAGCGAGCCGUACAGCAGGCCCUACUUCCAGUGGUGCAGAACUGUCUCGACCGUGACCCGGAUAUUGCGCCCAGCAGCAUCGACGAGGCGUUCGGCAACCACGUCGAAAGGGACGGAAAGUACUCGCGGCGCGUGGUGUAUGCCAUUCGUGAGAUGUUCGGAAUCGAAUUUGCCCCCGCUGUCGUGCUAGCUGACGGCAACGUGAGGAAGCUGUCGUGGAGGAUACGCAAUGCGAAGCAAGUCUUGGCACCGUACAGCAUGUCAGUUUCCAGGGGGACGACGACGCCGAUCAACCACUGA